AUGAAUGGAGCCUGGCAGCGUGACUUGCAGUCAGCCCGUAUACUAAGUGGCUGGCACCGGGCUGCUCUCGUAGGAUGGCACUCCUCCUCAGUAAAUGGCUCCAUUAAGGUGACCAGAGCCAGCUGGAGGCCUGCUCUUAGCCCCGAGCCUGCCUCCUGCUACACAUUGAAUAGGUGGAGAGUGCCAUCUAGAUGUAUGCCAUGGAACAAACGUUUGUAUUCUUUUUAACACUCAUAAUGGUCAACGGUCCUCAGUGUCAAUGUGCCAAGUUUCAAGUUGUAGUUUAGAAUGCUUACAAAAACCUUCCAUCACGUUGCAAGGGAAAUGUAUAGCCUGCUGUCUAGGGUGAAUUCUGACUUUGCUUCUUUCAUCCUGUUAAAGAAAUUGCAUAGCAUGUCCUCAUUGUUAGACCAUGUUAUGGGUCAUCUUUGGUUGUCUACACCCCUGAUGAGGGCACAACUCAACCACACCAACAUCUUCUACGAUGGAUAUGAGUGACAAUCAUUUGUGUAUAACAGUUUUGCACCAAGAUACUGAAACUGAAAUAUCAGUGCACUCUAGUUUUCUAAUUUGUGUAAAUACAGGAAGUGUUCAUUUGCGGUAUUGGCUGUUAUUUCACUCACUGAACCUCCUUUUCACUCGCUGAAUUUACUAGCUAAUGGUGGAUUACCUCAAACUGUCAGUUUGUUUUCUGUGUAUAUGUAAAUGCAUACUGCAUAGCUGAUUAUGACUUUAUCAAAUUUUCCUGACAUCUAUACUUGUAGACUUCUUACUCUGUGGUUCUUAGAUUAUAAGAGGUCAGUAUGCACCUGUGCAGAUCUCUGUAGGACAGGUGUUUGUCCAUGCAGCCUUUGAGUGUUUGACCCUUGUUUAUGGCCAAUAGCAAGCCUCUGCUCUUGAACACAGUAAUUUCCACCUGCCUAUGAUGGUAGGCCUAAUUCUUGCCUGUUGGUGAAUCCAAGCCUCACUUGUGGUUUAUGUGUACGGUAUAUGUUGUUUUUAUGCCAUUAUCAUGUAACAUUGAUCUCUCUGUAACAUUUUCCUUCGUGCCCUCAGAACCCCCAACUUCUUUAACCUUUUGGUAUUGUAAUCAGGUGGGAUAAAUACAGCCUUUGUGCAAGACCCUGGCACCCUGCUCCCUCUCCCAGCGCGAUAUGUGCUGACCCUCGAGGAAAAGAGAAGCGUCUUUGUCCGGGUUGGGAGAGAGAAAAUACAUUAUUUACUGCCGUGUUGGACAGGGCCUCGGGGGAAUUCAGGUCUUAGACAUGGAGAGGGAGAGAGGCUGAGAAAAAAGAAGUUUUGUGUGUCUGUCCUCUGCAGCAAAAUAAGACUGAAUUUGCUCUGUGGCAGACAAUUCAGCAUCUGUUGGGCCCUGCCCAUAUUUUCCAGUAAAGCCUGUUUACACUGACUCUGAAACUGUUUGAAUUGCUGCUGAGCGGCUCUUGUUGCUGCCUCAGAAGGGGACUGUGGGUAUUUUGUGGUUUUUGAAUAUUUCUGUUCAGUCCUGCUUGUGACCAUGUGACAGGGAAGAAGCAACAAGCAUGAAAAAUUAUAGAAAAAUCAGUUUGAGCUAUUGGUUUUGGUAAUUUAAAGUAUAUUGAGUUAGAUUUUUUAUUCAAACUACCCGCGGGACAUAUUGGAUCCCUGGUUUAGCCUAUUUAGUGGAUAAUAAAUUAGUAUUUUUUCUGCAAUGGAUAAAGUAUUGAAAUGCUCAGUAAAAUCUACAUAGUCUAAAUGUUUGAGUUUACAAAAUAUUUUGCUUUGUUUUUGCAUUUCAAUGGUGUUAAAUAGCAUGUGAGUUGAGUAGAAUUGCACAUGUAGGCCUAGUCUGAGAAUAACACUGUAGUUUGGUGGUAGACGUUCUACUUUUAUAGACACAAUUAACUCUGUAUACAAUUCAAUAUGAUAUUGAACUGCACUACAUGAUGCUCCCUGUGUUGACAUUUUAUCUGACCCUCUGCUUACUUUCUGAACCCACAGUAACUUCUCCAGCGAGGCGUCCCGGGCCAACAUCUAUGGGCCUCACAGCCAAGCAGCAACAGCAGAGGCAGCAGUGGCCCCACCAGCCACAUCAUCGUCUUCCUCCUCCUCUCCCCCAUCCUCCUCAGCCUUCUGCCCCGUCCUCCCCUCUCGACACAUUGUGGAGUGGCAGCCGCGCAUGCUCAACUUCCGGGUGGAGUAUCGCCAGCGCGCUGUGGAAGUGGUCGUAGAGGAGGGCAGCACAGUCGGUGAGGAGACGCUCUCACCAUACACUACUCAUCAUACCAUGGUUCCUACACUAAUAUUCCACUAUGGGCCUACACAUCAUUAAUAUGUUGUGAAAUCUGUUGUGAAUGUGUUGUAAUGUUUUUUUUAAAAAUGGUAUAACUGCCUUAAUUUAGCUGGACCCCAGGAAGAGUCACUGCUGCCUUGGCUGCCAUUAUAAAUACAAAUACAUCACACCCUUACUGCUUGCUUAGAUAAAAUGUGGGUGUUACAGAUGUGGUGUUACUGAGAACCCAAAAUAUUGUCCGUUUCUGGUAAAAGGAGCGAUGUUAGUCAAUACAACACCAAGGUAUAGUGCUUUCGUUUUCAGACUUUCAACCAUUUCUCAGAAUCUAUUCACUUGUACCCAGGGUUGAAACAAUUUAUGUUGUGAAGAUGUGUAGUGUGUAUUAAGUAUGUUUUACUCAAAUGUAAAUUGCUUGUAAGGUGUACAAUUUCAUAAAUACACAAUGGAAACACAUUUUCUAAUCUAUUACUGCCAUCUUAUGGUGGGGAUAUGUUCAACUGCCAUUUCUUAAUACUACAACUUGUUUCCUCUUUUCUUUUCUUGUGUUUGUAGGGGAAAUCAAACAGAUUCUUGAGACAGAGCUUCAGGUCCCCAUAUCAAAAAUGCAGUUAAAGGGUUGGAAAAGUGGAGACGUAUCUGACAGUGUGAGUAUUGCGCUCAAAAUAAUUGUUUCGAUAAUGUAAUGCCUCUUGAAAUUAGCAUGUUUAAACUCUCUUUGCAAUCUUUUUUGCUUUAUCUUAAUUUUAUUUUUCACAUCGGAUGAGGUUUCACAAAUGUCACUCACACCCAUCUUGUGGGAAUGGAUAAAGUACAACUAUGUGUUAUUUAUUGGUCUGUCCCUGUGUCCUCAGACGGUUCUGCGUAGUUUACACUUGCCCAAGAACAACAGCCUGUAUGUGCUCACCCCAGAUAUCGCCCCCACUGCCAGCACCAGCCAAAACAGGUAACCAACUUACACUCUUCUUUUGUUUUCUGUUUUGAGUCACAUUAUCUCCGGCAAACAAUUCCCAGCAUGUAGCUGACACUGUUUACCCAAUACCCUCCAGUACCUCAAUAUGCAGCAGCAUUGAUUGUUACAGUGAGCAUUGACUGUUAAUUGUUGUGGUGCUGCCCACAUCAAAAGGACUGGUAAAUCAACAGGACUGCACCACUUUGCCACCAAAGCCAUUUUCAUAUGGGUUGAACACUAGGUGGCACUGUACACCUAGUAAUGGUAAAAAAUAGUUUCUGGAAUAAAUACCACCCCAUGAAUAUUGUACAAUAAAUUCCAAUUUGAUUUGAAUAUUUACAAAGAUAUUUGACCCUUGUGCACAGGAGGCUUCUGUCAUUUAUUUUGACAUUUGAAAUGAAAUCCAACUGCAAUAUUGUUUGUGUAAUGUAAAUAAUGGUUUUCAUUGCGGUAUUUGUAGCCAUUGCCAAGCUUUAUUUUGUUGCUGAAAAUGUUAUCUUCCUAUACAAAUAGUAGAGCAGCCUUUCACUCAUGUAAUAUUGAGAGAAAUUUGAGAUUCAAUGGGGGGAGGGAUCCAUUAAGCCACUCUAGAAGGUCAUUCUACCAAGCUUUAUGAAUCCAAGGAGGCUUUUGCAACCUUUCCUUCUAAAAUGUCAAACUACUCAUCAUUGAGCUAUAAUCCCAUCACGAAGGCUGGUUUUGUGUCUGAUCUGAUAUUUCAUCUGUAUCAGCCAGAUAAAGUUCAUAUUAAUAAGGAAAUCCCACCCACUGUAAUAAUGCUCUCUGGUGCAUCUGCUCACCAGCAUGGCAACAAACCAAACCAAUAAGGCUUGUCAGGAUUUGGUACAUUGAACACGUAUACAAUCUUUAUCUGAACAUACUUUAGCAACAUCAUUUCACUGAAGGUAGAGUGAGAACGGUGUGAAGGGCACUAAGGCAUUGUUCCUGUAAUUGUUGAUGAGCUGAAGUGCUGUUGGAGUGUGUCUGUGGUUGGUUGUAACUGGAGGGGAUGUGUCUGUGUAAUUAUCUGUGUUGAUUAGGGAGGCUGUCAGGCCCAGAGGGGUUGCUGAGGAGAUAGACACGUGGCACUGCCAUGCAUUAUGAAGAGUCACUCCGGUUCUACAACAGUCAUUGUGCACCGACGUGUGUCGGACAGGAGGACAACGGUCGAAAUACAGCUGGUCUCAUGUUUCUUCCCCCGUGUUCCUCUCAGAACCCAUUGAAUCAAGCACAGAGAGACGGGCAGAUACCGGCAUGGGUGAAAUAUUGCAAUGCCUUGUAUGGAUAGGGUUCUGUAAUAUCUCACAGAUAUGUAGGGGGUUGAUAUCGAGAAAGAAAGAAUGCUGCUGCUGCCGUUGGCUGUGCUGCUUUGACAACCAGUAAGUAGAGGUUUGACUGUGUAGCAGGCAGCUAAUGGCCUUUUUCUGGCUAUGUCUCUUAGUGGCACAAUUUCCAAUGUUCUUAGUGCUAUAGCUAUCAUGUUCAGUGUUAGGCACUCAUUAUCCUCCAUAAACUAUUUUGGUGGGGGUGUGUGGCGACCCUGUUGUCAUCUUUGCUGCUGGAAGAGGGUGACAGAUCACACCGCUCAGAGGAGCAGGCCUCCUACAGGGAGGCCAGGCAAGCUGUUAGCACAGCGGCAUUAAAAAUAACCGUCGCAGCGCAUUCACAGAGCUGCUAGUCUGCUGUUGUCAGAGAUCUGCCAUCCCCAACGCUCUGCCAAACCCUGUACUAAUACCUGCUGAAACAGGAGACUGACUGGGCUGUCAGGGCACUACUAGCAGGGCUAGCUUGGGUACCACUUUUUUUUAAUCACGGUGAACAACAGAGAUGUACAGUAGCCCUUUUUAGUUGUACUGAAGAGGGUGCAUUCAAGCCUGCUUAACUCAAGUAGUAAUGUAAAUGUGUUAAUGACAUACUAAGCAUAAUUGAUUUAGGCCUACGUGUUAUUUCCAACUUGUAUUUACUUUUCAUUGGCUUUUCAGCUUGCUGCCUACUACAAAGUCUAAUUUCAAUUAAACUAUUGCCUUAAGUUAUGGAAGGCAAUUAUAUUUGGUGGUAAUUUAUUUAUUCAGAAAUAAUCAUUGACUACUUGCUGGAAUAGACCAUCAGUAUUUAGUACUUCACUUGGAUGUUUGUGUGUGUAUUACUAUGCAAGGAGUACUUAUGUCCAUAUGUAAUAUACUGAUUGCUUAAGUUUAAAAUAACAUUUUACCUCUGAUUUAGUUCCUAUUCCUUUGUAAUAAUUGGGAGCAGUUUCUUAACAAGGGACAUAACUUAACAAAUAAAAGCCACAGUAGGUCAUUACUUCAAAGCACAUCUCUGCACACCUAAACCAAACAGACUAAUCAAAUAGUUAUCCAUAUCACCAGGCCCACUCAUUUCAAUCCUCUGUUUGAUUUUAAAUAAAUUGGGAGGCUUUGGAGAUUUCAGACAAACGCUCCCUCCUCAAAGGUAGUUACAGAGAUCCUCUCCUGAGCCAAACAAACGUUUCCCGGUGUCUGUGUUGACUGACGGUGAAUACAGGAGGGUAUCUAGAUGGAGCUAAUCUCUUGCAUAAAUAAUGUAAGGUGUUGAAUAUUUUAAUGCGACUCAUCUAUUUCUGUUGCUUCCAGGAAGUGUGUUUAUUGAAGGUUAUUUUAAUUUGAACUCUGAAUGUGAAAUACAAAUGAAUCAUUAGACAUUUGGUAUUCAUUUGCAGCGUCCCUCCCUCCCCUGUCUGUUAUCCCCUCAGAGAUACUGAUGCCUCAGAUGCUGGUUGGUCUUGAGACAAAAUAGCAGACCAAGACAUAUCAGAUCAUGGGAGAUUGCGUAUUUGCCUAUUUUGUUGCUGAUACAAAAUGUGGAGGUAGGAUGGUUAUGCAUGUCUGGCUGUAGUUUGACCUCUUUAGAUCAUACAUCACAAAUGAGAUGGUUAAUGUGUGUAUUUUGUUCUAACGUAAAGGGAAAAGUGUGCGUCUCUCUCUGGCAGGGCUAUUUUAAUGAGGUCUGUGUGUCUGCUCUGUGCCUGGGGACCCUCAGUCAGGCAGGGAGGCUUAUCUCAGAAUGAAACCAAUCUGUUGAGACUGCUCCUCCCCUGCAAAAUGGUUUAUUUUCUGUCUAUAAAGUUAAGUGACAUUUUAAUCGGAGCACCUCAUGCCGUGUCAAGUACUCCUGAGAGGACAUGGCCCGGCCCGGUGCCUCCAUGUAUAGAGGUCACUGACUACUGGAGCAAACACUCAGACGCAGGACAGCCUGAUGGGAGUCAAGUGUAGAGAGAACAUCAGGAGCGGAGCUGAAAGCACUUUGUUGAGUCAGUAGUAGGACCCUGGAAGCAAAGAUAUUAAUUCUCCUCUGUAGAUUUGCAUAGGUCUUUUAUCUCAAUACGACCAACUUGCAGGAAGCCAAAUCGCUAACUUACAGAGGAGACAAAUGCCUCACAGUAUGGGCCACAUAGUCCGCUCACGUUCAAAGUGUUUACUGUGUAAAGCCAUGAGUCUCCAUAUUAUUAUUGCUGUCUUCACAAUGGCUUAUGGUAAAGCUACAACACAGCUACCCACUUUUCCCUUUUGCGGUUUAGUCUGCCAGAAUCAGUCGGGACUGUGUCCAAACAAAUCAUGGCGAUGCGAUAUUAGCUAGGUCCCCUAUGAGUCCCCAUUCCUCCCUCUCUCCUGCCUGCCUCUCCCUGCUCAACACAUUACAUAUGCAUCCAGUCUUUCCACACCACACAUUUUCAAUCUUCCCGGUUAGCUACAACAAACAUUACAUUUACAUAUUGAUUUCGUAGUUUUAGUCAAUGUAAAUAUGCUGUCAUUACAGUAAAUUUGAGCUUCUGUUAACAUAAGCUCGUCCAGAUCUGUGCAGAUUAAGGCAGUGAUUGCAUAAUUAAUGUGUGUACUACAUAUUAAUUCCGACUCUCCUCUUCCUCCUCGCUUCAAGUUGAGCUCUGAUUAACUGCCUGGCUUGGACUAAGCUUCCGAUUCAUAUUCACGAACACAGACUGAACGUUUGCGCAAACCGCUACUUAACCUCAACGUUUAUUAUAAGUGAAGCUUCCAAAACUUUAAUCUCUCUGUGAAGCACACAGUGUCUCCCUGUAUGGCACAUAUCCUCAGUCAUUGCUCAUAGCUGCAAGCUAGGACCCAGAAAUCUCUACUUGUUUUCCCUUAAAAACCACUCUGGCCCAAUGUAUAGUAGCAACUCCGAGGAAAAAUCUGUCUGACAAAUCAAUACAUCUUCCAGACCAGCCAUGUUGAGGGGGCUGUGAACACAUUGUGUGUGUGUGUGAUGUCACUGCUGUGGCCCCGUGUCCUGGCCACCCCAUGCUGGGUCAGGGAGCAGGCUAGCAGGCUGCUUGGGGCUGCUGAGCAGCAGAGGGACUCAGCACCAGGCCUGUCUGAACAGAGACGGAGGAGUGGGCACGAGCCCCAGUGGAGACGCAGGGAGCCACCUCACUGCAGGGAUAAGUGUCUGACUUGUCUCAGCUUGUUCUCCGCUUGACUCUGAAGUUGUAUUGUUUUUUUAUUCCUCUUUCUCCAGCGUUCUUCAGGAGUCGUUAAAUCAGAACUUCCUGCUCGUCAUCAGCCACCGUGAAGCCCAGAGAGACUACAACCUCAACUUCCCUGGUAGCAGAACCAUACAAGAG